CCAUGCGAUUUCAGAAUCAAACUGGUCCUCAGUGUACUCGGAGUCGUCAUGGGCGCGGAAACCUUUGUUGGCAUUGGGCUCGUCGCCUUUGCCAUCCUCUUCCUCGGCUACAUGUCGUACAAGUGCAGCCGCGACAAGGCGCGCCUGCCGCCGCCGGCCAAGCCCGUCGAGACGCCCGCUUACAACCCAACCGCGCUCACCGAGAUGGAAGAUGGCCGCGGCAGCGGCUCGUUCGUCGUCCUCCAGGACAAGGUUCGCGACAGCAACAUCUUGGACGCAUCGCCGCCGCCUCAAACGCACGUCUCGGCCAAGCUCGUCUCGUUCAGCGCUGGGUCGUCCGUCGGCGUCGGCAGCCACUUUGUCGUGACCAAGCCGACAGCGACCGAGGACAUUGCGAUCCUCGAGGACGAAGAAGAUGACGACGACAUGAUGGUCAUCCAGCACGCGCCGAUGAAGAAGCUCGGCGACGGCCUUGCCGAUGACGACUUUGACAUUGUCGAUCAGGACUUGUACCGGUCGUCGACGUCGUUCACCAAAGGCAUGGACGGCCGGUACUCGCACUUUAGCAUGGUCUCGGAGCUCUCGGCGUACGAGACGGCGAGCGAGUACGAGUCGCGCAUGUCCCAGGCAAGUCGCGACAGCUACAUGACCGACUACGACGGCAAGGAGGCCCGAAUUUAGACGCCACUACUAGUUUGAAUAGGAUUUAUUAAUCAACGCGCCAGCGCGGCGCAGUGAGCUACAUUA